AUGAGUAUAGAUACGUUGGAAUCCAGCUCUGCAAGCCCUUAUGCUCAUGGUAAGCAUUGGCGCCGCCGUCGGGAUAUUCCUGCCACGGGAACCGUUAACGUGAAUCGUUUCUCUCAUCCGAUGUCAAUCGUCAACUACAAUCGGCAGGAAUCGUUGGAACUGUUUGUUUCACCCGGAAGCCCUUAUCACAUUCGAAAACCACUUGCAAUCGAUCGAAAUGAGCGCAGUCGCAUAUGGGUGGAGCAACAUCAGCAGCAGCAGCACAGACAUCGUCGUGACGAAGAAUGGAAGAGCAGCCAAGAAUCCGAUCUCGAUCUGGACCAGAACCACAUAGCGAAUCAGCAUUCUAAUGAUGCACAACGACAUCAUCAGCAACAGCAUCGUCAUCACCAGCCUCAACAUCAUAGGCAUCAUCACAUUCAGCAUCUUGGCAAUCAGAAGCUCCCUGGAGAAGCAGACGAACCCAUCCCAUUCAACCCAGCCGAGGAAGAGCCGCUUCAGUUUCCCAUUAUACUGCAAAGUGCUCGAAAUAUGCAACACAUACGGCAGCGAUUAAGACGAGAUCCUGAGCAUCAGGGAACACGCGCCAUUCGGUCGUCGCGAGUCAUUAAUAAGGCCGGCGAGCGAAACAUAUUGUUCCUGCAUCUACCACAGAAAUCGGUUCGAUUUGUAAAGGAUCUGGUUACAACAUUGGUGGAGGAGCAAUGGCGCUACACGUUGACCGUCUUUGCGUUAAGCUUCUUCUGCAGUUGGAUGCUUUUCGCCAUCCUGUGGUAUCUGAUCGCUUACGCGCAUGGCGAUUUAGAUUUUGACCCUGAAACGGGUGAACGGCUGGGAGAUGGAGCUCUUCCGUGCGUCGAGGGUGCAACUUCCUUUGCUGCAUUUCUUCUCUUCAGCAUAGAGACACAGGUUUCCACCGGUUAUGGGGCCAAAACGCCAACUGAAGAAUGUCCGGAAGCAUUAUUCCUUCUAAUUGUGCAAAUUAUAGUUGGAUUAGUCAUUGAUGCUUCGAUGGUGGGUAUAGUCUAUGCGAAGAUGGUUCGACCACCGAAAAAGAUAUCGGACAUGAAGUUUAGCAAAAAGGCUGUCAUUUGCCAAAGAGACGGAAAGCUAUGCUUUAUCUUUCGAUUGUGUGAUUUGAAGCAGCAACAUGCGAUUGAAACUAAAAUCUCCGCCGUUAUGCUAGAACAGCGCCGUUCGCUGGAAGGUGAGCUAAUCGAGAAACACGAAUCGUACAUGAAACUGGAGAAUGGAGGCCGAAUACUGCUGAUGUGGCCAAUAACAGUUUGUCAUGUUAUCGAUAAAUCGAGCCCGAUGUUCGAUAUAUCCGCCAAGGAUCUACUGCAAAAAAGGUUUGAAAUUGUGAUAACGUUGAGCGGAGGAACAAUGACCACCGGCCAAGUAAACGAGGCCAGGACGUCCUACCUGCCGAACGAAAUUCACUGGGGCCAUCGUUUUCCAAACAUCAUUCAUUAUGACAGAGCGCACGAGCAUUACGUUGCCGCCAAUGAGCUAAUGGACGUUAUAGAGCCAAUAGAUACACCAUUGUGCAGUGCAAGAAGGCUGGAGGAAGUGCUGGGUGAAGUACAACAAUUUUUGGAACACGAUCGACAACGGGAGUUUGAUGGCCUGGAGUGCCGAUCAAUCAACGAAGAAAAUGUCGAUGAGGAUAGUGAUUCCCAUGGAGGACUGCAAAUGGAGGAACUCAAAUUGACUUCAAGUAUUGUGAAGACAAACGAAGAUAUCUCGAAUCAAACUAAUGCCAGCGUGACUUUAGAAAGCGCUUCCGAAAACCGUGAUAUAGGAGCGUUUCAUUCGAAUGAGCUCCAAAAAACAAGUGAAUGCUGA